AUGAUGGAAUGGGCGAAAAAGUACGGCAAGGUGUUCAGCGUCCGAAUGGGUCCUGAAACCGUCAUUUUGCUGCAAGGCUACGAAGCAGUCAGGGACGCUUUUUCCCGGAAAUCGGCGAUUUUUUCAGGAAGGCCCCAUGUUCCAACUUUUGAUUUCAUGAAUGAUAGAGGUCUUUUAGUUCUGGAAUACGGAUCUGCCUUCACGGCACAAAAAAAUUUCACCAUGCAAUACAUCGCCCAUGCCAACAAUGAGAAACACGUAAAUGGCGAGGUGGACGCCCUCUUGCGGUACAUUCGAGAGCAACGUGUUGACGAAAGAAAAGUCGCAUGGGGUGAGUUUUCAGACAUCCUCAACGAAAUGUUGGUUGAACACAAGACUACUUACAGGAAAGAUAGAACUAGAGGCCUUAUAGAUGCGUUCGUUCAUAAGAUCACUGAGAAGGAGAAUGGCGGCCAGAAUCUUUUCACAGAAGCCGACCUUCUACCAAGCCUGCUCACGCUGUAUUUCACCGGCUCGGAUACCGUAUCUCUGACUCUUUCCUGGGGAAUGCUCUUCCUUCUCCACCACCCCGCCGUCUGCAAGAGAAUACAAGACGAACUGGAUCGAGAAGUAGGGAAAUCCCGGCGUCCAACGCUUGUUGAUAGACAAAAUCUUCCAUACACCACCGCCGCUUUGAUGGAGGUACAACGCCUAAAUUUCAUUGCCCCGAUUUCGGGUCCGCACAAAGUGCGGAGAACGGUAAAUUUUCGGGGAUACACUAUCCCCGAAGGAACGACCGUCUUGGCUAACCAGUGGUCAAUUAUGAUGGACGAGGAGAAAUGGCCGAAUCCUCAGCAGUUCGACCCAUCGAGGUUUUUGGAUGAGUUUGGGAACGUCAAGAAAAACGUAGCCUGGAUUCCGUUUUCUGUGGGAAAGCGCUCUUGUCCAGGCGAAGUGCUGGCCAGACAAGAAAUAUUCCUUAUGCUAACGGCCUUGUUGCAGGCGUUUUCAUUUCGGUCACCAGAUGGCGAAGCUUUACCGGAAUGCGUUGGCAAGACAGGCUCACUUUACGUCUGUCCAGAUUUUAACGUCUGUGCCGUACCAAGAUUUUAA